AUGGCAGGGGGAGUGAAUGUUGACUCGGAUGGUGGAGACGAGCUGCAAGGGAGGCACGCGAUCAGGCUGUCCUCCACCUCACUGUCUGGCGGCGCGAACAAUUCCGAGCGACAGCGCCGCUACCGUGCGUGGGUGCGGUGGAGCAGGGUGGGCCAUGUGGUAACCCUGUUACAAACAGGCGCAGCUCUCUUCCUCACUGUCGCCAUCGUCCAAUCAAUGCUGGACUCGCAACUACCCUCAUGCCCCUUGAAACUGGGCUAUCAAGGCCCCUCGACCUACCUCCUCCCACUGGCUCUCCUCGUCCUCGUUGCCAGCUGGAUUGCCGUCGGUGGGCAGUGCUUAGCUGGCAGCGACGUGCUGAUGUGGCGGUCGUUCUACGCCAUGCGGGACCGCGCAUGGCGAGCACACUACAGAGAGAUGUUCAACUGGAGCAUCCGAGAAAUCCUCUGCUGCAUGGGGCGCGCUAGACCUUGGGACGAGGUAGAUGACGAGGUGGACAUAGUGGCAUCGCUGCUGGGCGAUGUGAUGGCGUACAGGGCCGUGGGGGCCAGUCACCUGGAGCUACUCGCAGGUGGGGUGCUAGGCAUAGCGGCAUUGCUGCUGGGGGAUGUGAUGGCGUACAGGGUGGUGGGGGCCAGUCACCUGGAGCUGCUCGCAGGCCUUGCUCUUCUCCAAGCCAAUCGGCCGCCGCCAGCUGUCGACACCCCCACCUCCUCCUCCCCCUCCUCUUCCCAACCCACCCAUCUGAACGCACUACCAUCCACCACCACAGCUACCCCCCUCUCGUCUACCACUGCACCCUCUGUCUUUGACUCACUCAACUCUAAUGCCACCACCACCAGCAACACUGCCCCCAGCAGCAAUGCAGACAGCAGGCGUGGGGUUAGCAGGGUUAGCAGUGAGGGCAGCAGCAGUCAGAGGCUGGCAGAGGGGGGUCCGUUCCCCUCCCCCCCUGCCUCUGUGCCGAUAACCCUCAUUGAAGAAGCAGCGGCUCUGCUGCCGCUUGCAAUAGCCGCCUACACGCAGCACAGGUUUGGUCCAUGCCUGCAGCAGCGCAGAUACGGCACAGCUGCAGAGCUGCUGCUUCUCCUACCUCUUAACUACCAUUCCACUUCCACCCUCUCGAAUCGCACUCCCUCUCUCUUGCCCACUCCCCUGUCCACUCCCUUCCCCCACUCCCAGGUUCCCCGCGCUGCAAGGUACCCCGCGCUGCAAGGUGACAACUGGUGGAGGGGCCAUGCAUCUGCCUUCCUCAAGUAUCUCCACUUGCCGCCCUCCGCUCUCCGGAAGGCGCGCGUCAGGCAGGAGGCAGCAGGGCAGGCGGUGUACUUUGUGGUGGUGCUGCAUCAGUUGCGCCUGGUGGUGGUGGCAGUGAGGGGCACGGAGUCCCUAGAGGAUAUGAUCAUCGACGGGCUGGGGCGGGAAUGCCCGCUCUCAGAUGCUGACAUGGGAGGGAUUGACAGAUCGGAGCUUCACCCCCCUCUGGUGACGGAUAGAUUGGUGCCAUACUUUGGCCACGCGGGGGUGGUGACAGCAGCACGCGAUCUGGCUCUGCAGCUGGAUAAUAUGGGGGAUGGGGGAGACGAGGAGGGGGAGGGGACUCGAGGAAAAGCAGGGUGCGUGGAGGAUGGGGGAGGGGAUGAAGAGGAGGGGUCGCUACUGGGGCACAAGGAGGAGAGGAAGCGGCCGAGAAGAGGCAUUCUGUCGGAGCUGCUAGGGGAAGGGGGCGAGUGCGAGGGUUAUGGCCUGCGGCUCGUAGGGCAUUCCAUGGGCGGUGCAGUGUGCAGCCUCACUGCCAUUCGGUUAAGAAAGCGAUUUCCCGAGCUGCGGGCGAUAGGCUAUGGGUCCAUGCCUUGUGUAGACUUUGCCACUGCCUCAGCCUGCUCCAACUUCAUCACCACCUUCGUAUAUAAUGACGAAUUCUCCCCGCGCACGUCUGUAGCGUCAGUCAUGCGUCUGCGAGCAGCAGCACUCCGGGCUGUAGCAGCCGACACGCGCGCAGGAGGCCUCCUAGGCACGGCUGUAGCGGCAGUGGGGCCGGGCGCGCAGGCAGGAUCAGCCGGAAUGAGGGUGGCUGCUGUUGAUCGGUUGCUGUCGCGGCUCUUCACUCUCCCGUUUGGAAGAGGACGUGGGGAUGAAGGAGGACGAGGGAAUCGUAGGAGCGGUGCUGCUGGUGGUGAUGCUGGUGCAAGGAGGAGUGCGAGCGGCGGUGCUGGUAACCGCAUUGGAGGGGGUGUAACACAUAACAGGAGCCGGCCGGCUUGGCUGGUGGAGCAGGAGCAGGAGUUUCCAGGGGAGGUGUAUGUGCUGGGAAAGGUCGUGCAUAUAGUGCGGGAAGAGGUUAGACCUGCCACGUCAUCAGUUCAUGUUGCGAGGGAGGAUAAGGUUGCCCCGUCAGCAGUGCGGACGGCGAGGGAGGAUAAGGCUGCCACGUCAGCAGCCGGCCCGCCUGAGGCUGACACAGCGUCUGUAAGGAUCGAUGUGGGCAAUGGGAAUGAGGGUGCGAUCUGCAUUGAUGUUAUCGAAGGUGAUAUUAUUGAAGGUGAUGGAAAUGGAGGAGCCCGACAAAACGGGAACGGAUGGGCGAGAGGCAAGGAUGAGGGGCGUGAAGGGGUUCAGAUGGGUGAGAAGGGCAAGGGUGGCGAGAGGUGUGAGACGGGGAUGCAAGGCGGGGUGCAAGGGGGGAUGCAAGGCGGAGUGCAAGGCGGAGCGCAAGGCGGAGUGCAAGGCGGGUCACAGGAGGAGAGAGUGUUGGAGGCAGCAGCAGCCAAGCCGGGGUUACUGGAGUCGUUUCGGUCGCUGGCAGGCAGCCCCUUUGCCUCCUCACGCCACCGCGCACGCUUCAUCCCGCGCGAGUCGCUGCGAGAUCUUCUCGUCUCACCCUCCAUGUUCCUCGACCACCUCCCUUGGAGAAUGUCACACGCCUUCAAGGAUCUUCAAGACCAUAAAGCUCAAGCAUGA